ACCGAAUUUAAAGAAAAAAACCCAACCUAACUUGAUUUAAAAAAAAAAAAAAAUCUGACUUUAUCAAAGACAAAUCAAAUCUAUCGAAUUAUUUUAGCAUCCUUAAAUUAUAGUUUCUACUUUUUAUUAAAAUUAAAAAUUGAAAAAAAAUGUAAAUAAAAAAAAGGGGAAAACUGUUGUAAUCUCUCAAUGAAAUUAAUGAUCCCCUGAUUUAUCCCAUAGUUUUUAAGACAAGGAAGAAAUUUUAAACCCACUCCAAGGUACCGUCAUCACCUGCCGGUUUCGGCAAAUUCGCACUCUAACAUCCCACCAUAAAAGCUGCCGUUUUUAUCGCUACGCUGACAAACAACCAAAGCCAAAAGCAAAUCUCUCUUAACUCUCGCAUUAGAUCCAAACCUUAAACCCCAUCAAUCAAUGUCUUUAACUAAUAACGCAAACAAUUUCCACAAUCUUUUUCUUGAAUCUAAACAAGAUCAACCCGACACCAUCCGAAUUCCCGACCGGGUCGAACUUCGCUCGAGUCCGAGGAGUCGUCAGGGUUCUCCGAGUCGGUCCCCACGACUCGGCCCCAGUCGGUUCAUGAAUGGUGAAAAGAGCGGCUCAUUUGUUGGAGCUGAAUUGUUAGGAAUAUUGUGGGGUAGUCGAAAGAAGCAAUCGAAGAAGGUGAAGAGAAAAGGAGGGAAAGUUUGGUACCACAAGAAUAGGGUGAAAGGACUUGUGGUGGUGAUUGCAUUGGUGGGUUUGUUUUUCUUGGUCAAUUGGUUUAUGCUUUUGAGGUUACAAGAUCACCGGGUCGGACGCCAUACUGGAUCUUCCAGGAAUUCUUCUUCCGUUUCGGUUCAGGGAAAGGUGAAAAAGAUUAGUAAGGGGAAAAAGCAAUAUAAUGGUAUUUAUGGAAGGAUGUUGGCUUUGGCUGCUCAUGCUUUGGCAGAGGGGCAAAAUAAACGUGAGCCAAAAGAUUUAUGGCAGGAACCUGUGGUUCCUGCUUCUGCUUGGAGACCUUGUGCUGAUCAACAUAACUGGGAACCUAGUGAGGGGAAGAAUGGAUACAUUAUGGUUACUGCAAAUGGUGGAAUGAACCAGCAACGUGUAGCUGUCUGCAAUGCUGUAGUUGUUGCUCGAUUACUUAAUGCAACUCUUGUUGUUCCCAAAUUUAUGUACAGUAGUGUCUGGAAAGAUGUAAGAAGAUGGAUGUUCUCUUGCAUCAAAACAUUUAACAUUUUCCAUCAAUUCAGCGAUAUCUAUCAGGAGGAGCAUUUUAUUAACUACCUGACUCCUGACAUUCAAAUAGUGAAAGAACUUCCUGAGGAGCUAAAGUCACUAGAUUUGGAGGCCAUUGGUAGCGUUGUGACAGAUGUAGAUAUUAGGAAGGAAUCUAAACCAAGUUUUUAUCUGAAAAACAUUCUCCCUAUCCUACUCCAGAAAAGAGCUGUCCAUUUUGUUGGAUUUGGGAAUCGUUUGGCAUUUGACCCAAUACCAUUUCAGUUGCAGAGACUUCGAUGCAGAUGUAAUUUUCAUGCACUUAAAUUUGUUCCAAAAAUACAAGAAACUGCAGCUUUACUCCUUGAAAGAUUGCGCCGGCAUGCAGCUCGGCCAGGACUAUUGGAUCAUUAUCUUGUUGGUCCACGUGCAGUAUCAGCUAUGAUUGCAAGGAGUGAUCGUGCUGCAAAAGCUUCCAGAUAUCUUGCUUUGCAUUUGAGAUUUGAGAUUGACAUGGUAGCUCAUUCUUUAUGUGAGUUUGGUGGAGGUGAAGAAGAGAGGCAAGAAUUGGAAGCAUAUCGACAAAUCCAUUUUCCUGCAUUAACAGAGCUCGAGAAGACACAAAAGUUACCUUCCCCUGCCAUGCUCAGGUCUGAAGGGUUAUGUCCAUUAACACCAGAAGAAGCAGUACUUAUGCUUGCUGCUCUAGGUUUCAACCGUAAGACUCAUAUAUAUGUGGCAGGGGCACAAAUAUAUGGAGGGACAGCAAGAUUGGUUGCUUUGACGAGCUUGUAUCCUAACUUGGUUACCAAAGAGAAUUUGCUUACACCAGCGGAACUUGAACCAUUCCUGAACUUCUCAUCUCAGCUAGCGGCACUGGACUUCAUCGCCUGCACUGCAGCUGAUGCAUUUGCCAUGACGGACUCUGGUAGCCAGUUGUCAUCUUUGGUAUCUGGCCAUCGAAUAUACUAUGGUGGAGGGAAGAUGCCUACAAUACGCCCUAACAAGCGGAGACUCGCUACUAUAUUCUUGAAGAACAAUACUAUAGAGUGGAAAGUGUUUGAGCAGAGAGUGAGGAAGGCCGUUAGGCAAACUAAACAUGUCCAGAGUAGGCCUAAGGCUAGGAGUGUUUACCGGUAUCCACGGUGUAAAGAGUGUAUGUGUCUAACAGAUUGACAUAUUGCCCUUUUCACUUUUAAGCAUGUUCUGCUUAUAACAUGUAACAUUCUUUGUUGUUUAAUAUUAGUCUCAAAUUAAGCUUGAGCUUCUGUGAUUAUUCUAUAUCGU